GCCAACUGGUCGUGGUUAAGCUAGUUCACCUGGUAACGUUAACAGAUAGGCAAAAACAGAUGCUAAUGUGUUAGCAAAUUUGACAAACGAGCUUUGCUUGUUGUGUGCUUAGUCACUUGGACAGUCAGCGGUGUUAAGAGUUGCAAGCUGGUCGAAGGAAGGUGACUGUAUGUGGUCGGUUGAUGUGGUCAUUUCACAAUGGCAAGCCCUGGAAAGGAUAGUUAUCGGAUGAAGAGCUACAAGAACAAAGCGUUGAACCCACAGGAGAUGCGCAGGAGAAGAGAGGAGGAAGGGAUUCAGCUUCGUAAGCAAAAGAGAGAGGAACAGCUCUUCAAGAGAAGAAAUGUGAGCCUGCCGCCAGACGACGAGGCCAUGCUGGAAUGCCCCAUCCAGGACCCCGAUGUCAGUUCAACCGUGCCACUCUCAGGAGAGGGAGUUAUCACAGCAGAUAUGAUUCAGAUGAUCUUCUCAGAAGACCCAGACCAGCAGCUCAUAGCAACCCAAAAAUUUAGGAAGUUGCUGUCCAAAGAGCCCAAUCCACCAAUCGAUGAGGUGAUCCUCACUCCAGGCAUCAUCAACAAGUUUGUAGAAUUUCUCAAAAGAAGUGAUGACAGCACCCUGCAGUUUGAGGCUGCCUGGGCCCUGACCAACAUUGCCUCUGGGACGUUCCUCCACACCAAAGUAGUCAUAGAGACGGGGGCCGUCCCCAUCUUCAUCGAGCUGCUCAACUCGGAGAACAAGGAUGUGCAGGAGCAGGCCGUGUGGGCUCUUGGAAACAUCGCCGGGGACAACGCAGAGUGUAGAGACUACGUCCUCGACUGUGCCAUCCUACCUUCCCUACAGCAGCUGCUCGCCAAGUCCAGUCGCAUCGGCACCACCAGGAACGCCGUGUGGGCGCUGUCCAACCUGUGCCGGGGAAAGAACCCCCCUCCAGACUUCGUCAAGGUGUCGCCGUGUUUGAGUGUGUUGUCCACGCUGUUGUUCAGGACUGAUCCUGACGUGUUGGCUGACGCCUGCUGGGCUCUCUCCUACCUCUCCGACGGGCCCAAUGAGAAAAUUCAGGCAGUCAUCGACUCUGGAGUCUGCCGCCGGCUGGUGGAACUGCUCAUGCACUAUGACUAUAAGGUGGUGUCCCCAGCACUGAGAGCAGUGGGGAACAUAGUGACGGGAGAUGAUAUUCAGACACAGGUCAUUCUAAACUGCUCAGCUCUGCCUUGCCUACUACACCUUCUCAGCAGUCCCAAGGAAUCCAUCAAAAAAGAGGCAUGUUGGACGGUCUCUAACAUUACAGCUGGAAACAGACGACAGAUCCAGACGGUGAUCGAUGCCAACAUCUUCCCCGUUCUGAUCGAAAUCCUGCAGAAGGCCGAGUUCCGCACCAGGAAGGAGGCAGCCUGGGCAUUAACCAACGCCACCUCCGGGGGCACUCCUGAGCAGAUUAGGUACCUGGUGUCGCUGGGCACUAUCAAGCCCAUGUGUGACCUCCUGACUGUGAUGGACUCUAAGAUCGUGCAGGUGUCCCUGAACGGCUUGGAGAACAUCCUUAGAUUGGGAGAGCAGGAGGCCAAGCAGAAUGGAAAAGGAAACCCCUACUGUGCCUGCAUAGAGGAGGCCUAUGGCUUGGACAAGAUCGAGUUCCUGCAGAGCCACGAGAACCAGGAGAUCUACCAGAAGGCGUUUGACCUGAUCGAGACCUACUUCGGCGUGGAGGAGGAGGACGCCAGCAUCGCCCCACAGGUGGAUCAGAGCCAAGGCCAGUACAUCUUCCAGCAGCAGGAGGGACCCAUGGAAGGCUUCCAGCUUUAACACGCCAACAACCAACCCCCUUCCCCCUGAGCCCCAGCGAUACCAUCUCUACACCUUAUCCACCCCACCCCACCCCACCCCACCCUGCUCCCCUUCUUUCUCCUUUCACCCUGACUCACCCAGAGUGUGAACGCGGUGAGUAGGAUGGCUCCCUGAUGCCCUCUGCCAUUUACAGAGAGUAGGAUGGCUCCCUGAUGCCCUCUGCCAUUUACAGAGAGUAGGAUGGCUCCCUGAUGCCCUCUGCCAUUUACAGAGAGUAGGAUGGCUACUUUUCCCUCCUCUUUCUAAUUCCUGUUAUCUGAACUCAUCCUGCCAGCAGCCCCCAAAAAUCAACUGGAAGGGAGCGAUGGCGAACAUAUCAUUCUUUUUUUUUUUGGUUCAUGUUUUUUGGUUCUGUGUUAUAUUCUUAUUAUUAUUAUUAUUAUUAUUAUUAUUAUUAUUAUUAUUAUUAUUUUGGCACUGGUGUCCCAAAAAAAGACUUUUUACUCCAUGUCCCUUUUAGAAUGUGAAACUACCUCCUCAGAAAAAGCACUCAUGUGACUUGUAGCAGUGCAGAUGGUCACCAGAAAGGUGCACUCUAAUGCAGUGUGUGCUAACAUUUCUCUUACUUGCUCAGAUAGAUGGAAGAAGGAAAGUAGGACAAAAACAAACAACAACAACAAAUAAACAAUAAACAUUCAUUACUGGAAUGAACUUAACGGAAACAAUCCCAACUCAUCAGAAGAGUCAUACCAUACAGGUAGCAUUACUCGUUUGCUGUAGAAACACACACACACACACACACACACACACACACACACACACACACACACACACACACACACACACACACAAGCAAACCAGUCUCAAUUUAGUCUGCAUCAGCAUUGGACACCCAGUGUCAGAAUCUCUGAUUGUGUGAGAAUAGCUGUCUCUUGUCCCAGUCCCCUUUUGGCUGACUAACAGCUUCUAACCUCGGGGACUCGUCUGGGCUUAUUUAUUGUGUCUGUUAAGAGGAGAGAGAGACUCCGGAUGGGACAGACUACCGUCCGGACUCUCAGUAGAAGCUGAGGGGCUCUGCUCCUGGCUGUUGGAGAGAGGUGGCUCCAGUUUUUAAUUGGGCCUUUCCAACUUUUUCCCCUAUUUCUUUUAUUUUUAUUUUUUUUUCCCUUCUGUUUUUGAUUGUGUUUGCUCAUGAUGCAGUGUUUCAUUGUCCACUUAACAAAGUUUUUGUUGUGUUUAAUUUUUUUUGGAUUGAACUUUUUAGAUUUUCUUUCAUCUCAAAAAAGAGGAUGUGGCAAUCCUCCCUUCUCCGAUGGCCAAAGGCCACUUGUUGAGUGGAGCAGCAGUUUUUUUUUUGUUUUCUUUUCUUUUCAGAUUUGACAUCAUCAGGAAAAUGCUCUGAUUAACUUAAAAAUAAAAAAGGAAAAUAAAUCUGUAUAUUAUAUAUACAUGUAAGCUCUGACUUAGUUUCUUGAUUGAUGGGAAGCUUCUGACGGACAUGAUGAGGUAAUCCGGUGAAGCUUCGUGUGCAGUAUCUGACGGGAGUGACGGGAGGGAGAGCGCCGUCACAGCGCAGGAGGCUCUUCUUCGCUCUCCAUCCUCGUCAUCCCCUUCCUCCCGCCUGUCAGGAGACGAGGCUGUCGUCCGCUCGGCUCGGCUCAGCUCAGCACAGAGGUGGAUUAUUACCAACAAUUACGCUUCAUUCCCUGGUGUUUCUUAGUACUGGGCGAGAACUCUCAAUUCUGCAGAAGACUACUACUCCUGCUGUGAACGACCUUUGACGUUUUGACCCCUAUGCGCCCCUGGUUUUCUAGAACUUUCCCUUUAUUGCAAAUUUCCCCCCUGAAAAUCAUGUUACUUUGGAUUUGUGGUUCUAUUUUAUUAUUAUUUAUGUUUUUUUUUGGCAUGUAACAGACUGUGCUGAUGAAAUUACAUUAUCAGUUGAAGAGAGGAGGUUAAAAACAGCAGUAUAUUGAGAUUGUAAAAUGUGUUUUUGGUUGAACAUCAAGAACAUUUAAUCGUGUAUAGUUUUCUAAUAUUUCUCAUGUUUGUACUGAUUGUAUGAUAUCUUUUGUUUUCUUCAGAUUUUGGUUCUUUUUCUUUUGUCCAUUGAAAGAGGUAAAGCGUACUAGUCUGCGUCGGUGCCUACUCCAAGAGGAGUAUUUUGCGUUCCGCACUGAAGAAUGUUGACGUUCUGUAAAAUGGAGGAGAACAAAUAAACUCUUCUGUUCCACGAGA